CGAACCAACCUCGUCAUAACCUCCGUCGCUCCCUCGGACGAGCACGCACGAGGAAGGAAGCAAGAACCGCAGUUACCAGCUCGUUUCUAACCAUGACGCGGGGGAUCUCGGGUCGGCCGGAGCGAGCGGGAGCCCUGUGGCGCGCGUGCCUCGCGUCCGCCCUCCGGACCGCGCUCGCCUGCGCCGUCGUGGCGUGCGCCACCCUGUACGGGCCGGCCCCGCUGCGGCGCGCCGUGUCGCUCCCGGCCUUCUCCUACGUGACGGUCAUCCUGGUCGUCACCGACGCCUCCCUGGGCGACACGCUGCGCGGGUGCUGGCUGGCGCUGUACGCCACCGCCCAGAGCAUCGGGCCCGCGAUACUGAGCCUCUGGCUGAUCGGCCCCGCGAGGCUGUCGGCCGGGACGACGGCGCUCGCGGUGGCGCUGGCGUCUUUCGUGGUGGCGCUGCCGGGGGCCACGCACGGGACGGCGAGGCGGAUAGCGCUGGGGCAGGUGGUGCUGGUGUACGUGAUCGGUUACAUCGAGAAGGAGCGGAUCGAGGCGGUCAUGCACCCGCUCCACGUGGCUGCCAGCACGGCCGUCGGGGCCCUCGCUUGCCCGCUGGCCCUGUCGCUCCCCUUCCCGAGGACGGCCUGUCAUGAGAUAAAAGAGAACUGCAAGGCCUACGCCGAGAAUGCCUCGAACAGGUUGAAGCUCUUUGCCGAGGCGUUCCUCGCCCAGGACGAAGAAUCCGCCCUCGCCCUUAUCUCUCGAGCCAAAUGCUUGUCCCGUGCUGGGAACAUACUUCUUCGGAAUAUCAAACGCCAUCAGGAAAGUGCGCUUUGGGAGAGAGUUCCGUUCACGUCCUCGAAACCAUACCACAUGAGCCCAAGAGACAGAUUGCAGGAAAGUUUAGAAACACAAUUGCGUGGGAUGGAGACGGCAUUAACGAGCAUCACUUCGUUCCCAGUCACAUUGCCCGGUGAUGAUGGACCGCUCAAAAAUUGUAAACUCGCUUUAGACGAACACAUUGCUCUGAUCAUGAGGCAAUCUAAGAGCUGGCUUUCCCCGGGUGAUUCUACUUCAACCGUCCCUGAAUCAGUUUCCAAAAACAUAAUUGGCUUCUUCGACUCUAUUCGCAAAGUACCGGCCUCGCCCGAGCACUUGCCCUCCAUCUUCUUCCUCUUCUGCAUGAAACUCCUCCACGGCAAGACCACACCAUUGACAUCACCCCAAGAUGAUCCUCUUAGAAAAGACGAACAGUCAACAGGUAAAGAAGGCGGGCUUUCUCACUGUUUCGGAAGAGUCCGGAACGAGUGGGGCUUCAAAAUGAGCCCCAAAAGGCUCGUCCCCGCGCUCAAGUGCUCGCUCUCGCUGGGCCUAGCGGUGCUGUUUGGGCUUAUGUACAGCAAGGAGGACGGUUAUUGGGCCGGGCUUCCGUUAGCCGUCAGCUAUUCCUCAGCCAGAGAGGCUACUUUCAAGGUGGCCAACGUCAAGGCGCAGGGCACGGUGCUGGGAUCCGUUUAUGGAGUCAUAGGUUGCUUUCUUUUUCAGAGGUUCUUGCCCGUGAGAGUCCUUUCUCUCGUCCCUUGGUUCGUCUUCUGUAGCUUUCUUAGGAAGAGCAAGAUGUACGGCCAAGCAGGCGGCAUCUCGGCUGUGAUCGGAGCCCUGUUGAUACUGGGUAGGAAGAACUUCGGCCCGCCGAGCGAAUUCGCCAUCGCAAGAAUAGUCGAGACCUUCAUUGGGUUUUCUUGUUUGGUAGCGGUGGAACUUCUGAUGCAGCCCACGAGAGCUUCUUCUCUGGCUAAGCGUCAGCUCACCGAUUGUUUCAUGGCAUUACGUGAGUGCAUUGCCACGGUCACGACACUGGGUGGACUCGACAACACCAAGAUGUCUAAUCUUGAAGAGAAACAAAAGAGGGUCAAGAUGAGUGUGCUUGAGCUCGGUAAGUUCAUCGAGGAAGCCGAUGUAGAGCCGAAUUUCUGGUUCGUGCCCUUUCACAGUGCUUGCUACAGUAGGCUCUUGGGGUCUUUGUCGAAGAUGGCGGACCUCUUGUAUUUCUGUGGCCUUGCGCGGAAGUUCCUCGAACAAGAAUUGUCAGCACUCGAGGCCGCGGCUGCUUCUUCAGAAGAGGCCCUGGAUAAGCUUCACAGCGACCUUGAACUUUACAGGGAUCUCGCGAGCUCUUCGCUGAAAUGCUUCGAGGAGAUCAACUCAAUCAAAUCAGUCUCGCUUCUCGAGAAGCAGCUUCAAGAGACCAGCGUUUCUUGUGAUCUCGAGUUGGGGAAAGCAACAAAAUCCAACCUGCUAAGGCCUCGUUUUGAUGAAGGUGACGUCGAGAAGAUGGUGGGCUCUUAUCUUCAGCAUUCUCGAGAGGUGCUCCAUAAAAUCAGCAGUGGCGGUGAUGGCGUCGAAGCCGAGAACGCGAUCAAAAGCGAAAUGGUCCUCAGUUUGGGUGCUUUAGGAUUCUGCAUGAGUAGCUUGCUAAGGGAAGUGAGAGAGAUCGAGAAGGCCAUGAAAGAACUCGUGCAGUGGCAUAAUCCGACAAGCCAGAUAGCGAACUUGCACGACUUUUCUUGCAAGAUUCACGCCUUGCGCGGCUGAGAGACUUGAGGACAUUAUCUGUGCAUAAAUGCUGAAUCAUUCAUCUAAAAAAGUUUUGUUCCCAUCGUGGAGUACAAGGCAAGAAUAUAUGGACCGUCAGAAAAGUUUCACAAGCAAGGGGAAUUCCUGUUUGUAGCGUAAAACGGAUUGCCUUUUUCUAUAUCGAACGAAUUUAACUUCAAAUAGUUGUAACGCUUCAAAUUCAUAUGUCCCACAAAGGAAAAAUGCAAAUGUAUAUGUAUAAAAAGGGGAG